GGUCCACAGUGUACCCGCGGUGCUCGUGGUGGCCACAUACCACCUGACCAUCGUACACACAACCUGUCCAGCAUGCAUGGUCGCCGCGUACACACAGUGCCGUACGCUUGACCGACUGGUACCAGUACGGUACCAGUUGCCCUGCAGCCUGCCAGCUGCACGAGUCGCGAGUGUUCCACGAAUCGCGUCCGUGUCGUUCCACGCUCGUUUUAUGGCAUUGGUAAAUGGUUCCCUCGAACAACAGGCACGGGAAGGAUCUCACCUUUCAGGAGGUUCUAAAUUGCGGAAUUAUUCCUUGCAAUCUUCGACUUCUUCGAAUCGGAUGUACACGGCUUUGGAUAUAUUUCACGCAAGAAGGAGUUCGUUGGAAAGCGACCGUGAAAAAAGCAUCAGCGUCGAGAAAGGAGACACAAAGAUCGAGGAGAGGCGCGGCCGUCGGUUGUGGCAGGUCACGAGGAACGAGUCUUAAGAUGGCCUACAUUAACCGGUGUUAUCGGUGAGAGAAGCGGUGGUCGCCGAGAGAAGACGAAUCAGAGAGGUGGACAAACCACGUGGCUGGAGAAACGGUCGAGAUAAUAGCCGGACAGGAAGAAAAAUGGGACAAGCUUGGUGCAAGGAAAGAACCUCGAAGGCUCAGGACUCCAAGUCCCCUUUGGACCGGGUCUUUGUACGAUGUGCUCAUCGGAUCUACCCCGGAUUGAAAGAAGAGGGUUCCGUCCUGGGUGGCGCCACGCAAAGGGUGACGAGUUCAGAGAUCGGAUACGCCGGUUCGCCACCGCGAGAGGUGCUCACAAGAGGCAGAAGCAUAGACUCCGUGGACAGGCCUUUUCAUCCGAGCGACUGGGUCGAUGUGAACCUUGAAGUACCAAGUACACCGAGGCCAAGCCCUGUGCUCACGAAUUUAACCGUCGACACGAGCCUCUAUCCGGCCAACAACCAGCCCUCGUCCAACGACUCGAAUCCAAAGAGCAGCACCCCGAUCCCGCCACCAAGACGAAGAAAGAAGAACAAGGGUCGACCGCUGCCUCCGAAACCGGACGAGGUGUCCGAAAACUGUUCGAGCAACUCGAAACGUAACGAAACAAGCGAGGAACCGUUAUAUUCGUCGGUGAAGUCGCCGAAGAGCAGCGGGGACGAGCAAGACGCCGAGGAGAUCGGCAAGUCGGAGAAGCAACGAUGCUCGCACGAGAACGCGGCCCGCGACGGAAGAAGAACGAAGGAGAUUUACGAACACAAGGUUAACGGGACCGGAAGGAUAAUAUCGAGCGACGUGGUCUCCGGCAAAAGGACAUCUCGCAUGGAGGACAAGAAAAGGACGUUCGAGAGCAACCAUCAUCGAAAAGUCCACGAAAAUGACGAGUACCAAAGAUUCGCGAACAGCAGGAGCAAGGACUCGUCGACUCCCAAUCGCGAGGAUAAAAGGAAGUCGAAGACGGAGAAGGAAAUCAAAGAUUCGUCGCUUAAUGUAAGGACUAAAAACUAUAGCACUGUCAGUCUGCCAAAUUACGACGAGUUGGACGUGGCCAGACAUCGGACGAUGGAAAUCGAGGAGGGCGAAGAAGACAAAACGAAGUCCAGGAGACCCGUCAGGAGCAGCACUGGCUCGCUUCCGGCUGAAUCCUUCCUCUCACCAUUUUCCGAGAAAACGAGCGUGCGACUAGAGGACUACAUUCCCGGCCAAGGAGGCCCCGAUAACCUAUCGGCGUAUCAGCUCCUGGAGAAGCUGGAUUGCGGGCAGGCCGGUUUCGUGAAGUACGAGGCUGCGAGUAAAUCGCAGGAUUGGGAUCUCGGUGACAUCGGUAAUUGCGAAUUGAAUCACCGGCAACGAGGAUCCUUCGAGGAGAUCACAGGGAUGAACGAUAAACACGACGAGGACGUCGUCGACUUCUCCAAAGACAAUGAAAGAAGAUCUCCAAUCGAUUCAAACGUUUCCACAUCCUCGAUUUACUUACAGAAGCCCGAAGCUUUUGGGAAAGCAUCGUCGCCGGCACUUGGCGAACUGGAAUAUUCAGAAGUGGAUCCAAAUAGGUCGGUAGAGAUUAGAACUCGGACGAGGCAUUCUAAUCCAACGGACAGUUGCGGAGUUUUAACUGCAUCCAAAGAACCCUUUUACCUUGACGAGGACAAACAUCGUUCAGCUUUAGCUUCAGAUGCGAUCGGAGGAUCCUGCAGGAGCGAGGGGCAUGAUCAAUCAAGUCAAUCACGGACAAUGUUCACUAGGAGCCUGUCGAACGAGAGCGAGCCGAACGACCCGUGCGAGACGAAGGAUCUCCAGACAGAUCUGAUCAGGAGCAUCUCCGAAGAAUCGUUACCGAAAGAGAUGCUCGAGGAACAGGAGCUGGAUCAGAUGUUCGACGAGAAGCUCGCGAAGGACGUGCACAACAAUUUGAAGAAGAAUCUGGACGACUGGAAGACGAGGACACCGCCUCCUAGCCCCGAACCCAAGAAACCCGAGGUGGAUGUCGAUCAUUCGACGUUGCUGAAGGUCCUGAAAGAGGAGGCUGAGGAGAGCAACCUGAGCUCCAUGACACCCAGUUUAACCGAGUUGGAGGCAGCUCUGUCGGACAUGUUGGAAAAAGAGGACACCCAAGAUUCGAGACACGAAAAGGACGAAAAGAAUAUAAAAUCCGAUCAGGAGGGUCCCGUGUCUCUAGGUCAGAUCCUCAAAAAACCGACAACAGUAAGAAAAGUCUCGUUCUGUUCCUGGGAGGAGGCCGUAGCGCAGUCCGCGAUCAGGAACGAUCGCGAAUUCACCGAGCGUCAGGUCGAUUUAGAUAACGGGACCGUUUCUCAUCCGGGAGACCCCAUGGAUCUUCCUCCAGAAAAACCCAGCAGGUUGAACAGGAGCCUCGAGGACAGCGAGAUACCUACGCCUCCUAGGAGGAAGCACAGGAGCAUCAUGGCGAAGAAGGAUUGCUUAGAACAAAAUGGCUGUUCGAACGACAGGCUCAUCUGACGCGUUGUGAAUGGGGCUUGAACUUUGAUCGAGACUCUGGGUGAACUCUGGCAGCGUAAGGUGAAUGACUGUUCAGUGGAAAGUUAAAUUACUGUUCAGAUCGAUAGUUUGGACAGUCUGGAUUGAAAGUUGGAUCUGGAGUGAUUAUCUUCUGCUAGGCUUGAAAGUAUUGUAGCUACUUGUGUACCUAGCUUCAUGUUUGAAUAUCUUAGCUAAAAUUAAUUCUUGUGUUGAUGAUCAUUGAUUGAGGAUUUAAAUAGGUGUCUAGGUAUUGUUACCUAGUGCAUGUGACAUUAUAGGUAUUGUCUUACCUAUAGAUAUUAUUACAUAUGUAAAUAUCUAUGUAUGUGAACAAACAGUUCCACAAUUAUCCACAAUUAUGUGUCCGCAAACAGUUUGAACAUCAACACAAGGAUUAAUUCUGUGUGUCGUUAAAUUAACGAAGUAAUGAUUGUCACCAGAAGAUGGAAUACUGGAUUAGUCGACGUUUGUAGCAAUAAGCCACGAAAGUUCAGCUGUGAUGAGACAAGGAGCAGAGAUAUUAGACGUUAGCGACACUAAUAUGAUCGACGAUGAUGUGUUACGAGCAAUGUUGUUACGAUUCCACUUUAUUCGAACGAUAAAUUCGUUUGAGGUAGCUGGAAAGUGUAGCAGAGUGGUCAGAAGAAUUUUUCCAGCUCGGUUGAGGCUUUCUUUCGAUGAAAGAAAGAGACGGAACUUUCUAACGAACUUGCUUCUUUCGAAGAAACGACGGGUGCAUCGUGUCUCCCGAAAAUCACGAAACUUUGUUCGCCAACUCCCCGAACAAUGAGGAUCGCGAGUUGACUACUUAUCCUCGUUCGAAAACGCGUCAGAUUGUUCAGACCUUUACCUCGAAUUAUGGUUAAAAAGAGAGAAUAACUUAACGAUGUUUCGUCGGGAUUUCUUCUGUAUAUUUAUUUGUUUCGUGUUUGUUAGCCUUUAAAUGUUGUUGACGUUUUCUCAUUGUUUGUUGCGUUCUUGAGGGAAUGUUCGGAGGAAAGUGAAUAGGGUGAUUUGCGAAAAUUUAUUUAUUAGAUUUUUAAUUGUUUGGAUUUUUGAUUUAAUGAUUCUGGAAUUUGGAGUAAUUGG